AUGCUCGUGGGACGACCACCUAACCACCCCUUCUGGAAGCUGAUGCAGAUGCACCUGUCGAGACUGCUGGCGCAAAUUAGCACUUCCUGUGAGUUCAGCAUCAAGCCAUCGACUAUCUACUACUACGAGGGCUGCUGGGUCGAGAAGCACAUAAUCCAGGGCUGGCACGGCGCUGAUGGUUACCUCAUGGUCUUGUUGGCGGGAACCCUUUUGCUAAGAUCGGGAUGGCCCGACAAUCGUGUAUUGCUCUCAGAGAUUUCCACGGUCAUGGCGCAAAUCACCGGGAUCGUGGCCCUCCCGAACGACCUCUUCGCCUUCUACAAGCAGUUCGACCAGGUCCAGCUCAACCUAAUGUCCAACCUUAGUGUCUUCGAAGACAUAACGAUGGAGCAGACACUGAAGCGGCUCACAGACAAGGACGCGGCGGUACUCCAGCCGAUUAGGUAG